CUUCCACCUAGUUAGUUCCAUUGUGUUUCUUCAUUUGUGUCUGAGAGAGAGAGAGAAAGAGAGAGAGAGAGAGAGAAUGUUCCAAUCUUUCAUGGAUGCUGCUGCUUCGAUCUGCGUCUUUCUCGCUUUCAAGACAUAAAUCUUCUUCUUCACAUUAAACAAACCAAAUUACACAUCUAUUUUUGAAAUAAGGAUUUUCCUACAUUCUGCCACUUGCUUGAAAUGUUGCUUGUUUGAGGGUGAUUUCAUGGGUUGAAUAAGAAGAAUAUAAUGGAUAGGUCAAAUGAUGAAGAAGUUCAAUUUUUUGAUGCUCAAGAUGAUGUUGUGUUAAUGUCAGAUGCAAAUUAUGGUGUUACUGAUAACCCUGAAACUGAUUCUAGUCCAGUGGUGGAGGGUUUGUUGAGAGAUUUUGGUUAUGAAUUGUGGACUAGGAGUCCCCAUAGUGUUCGAGAGCGGAGGAGUAAGUUUUUAAAGUGGAUGGAAUUGAGUUUGGAUCAAAGAAGCCUUGAGAAUGAGAAUUUAGUAGAUGUAAGGGAAGAUGAGAUGAGUAGAAUGAAAGAUGGUGUUGGGAGUGUUACCGAAAGUUGUGGUUUUAUGGAUGAUUUCUUUUCGAGUCGUUCGUCGAUGUCUUGUUUGUCUUCAUUGAGUUCGUCGAUGUCUUGUUUGUCUUCGUUGAAUUCAUCGAAGUCUGGUUUGGUGGAGAAUUCGGCAUGCCAAGAUAGGGAUUCGGUUAGUGGAGUAGGGCAGCAUGUGGAGAAUGAUGAUGGUAGGGAAGUAGGUUUGGAUCGAUUGGUGGUUUCUGAUGAAUAUGAGAAUGUUGCCGGGGUGUCUCCCGCAUGCCAACGCGAGAUUGGUAAGGAGUUUGAGGAGACAGGUGUGUCUGAGUUGCGGACAAAGAAGGCUAGAAAAGGUUGGUUAAGAAGACUACGUUUGAUAACGUGCUUGAUGGAUAGGCAGCAAGGUGAGUCUAAUAACGAGAGACAAGAAGGCGGUGUUGCGUUCUCGAGUUGUAGGAUUCAGAGAGUUAAGGUUCGGCAAUGUAGGAAACAAACAAAGGAACUUUCGGCUCUUUAUACGGGGCAAGAUAUUCAAGCGCACGAAGGACCGAUUUUUACCAUGAAAUUCAGUCCUGACGGGCAGUAUCUUGCUAGUGCCGGCGAAGAUGGAAUCGUGAGGUUGUGGCAAGUGGUUGAGGAUGAGAGACAUAACGAAAUCAACAUUCCAGAAGUUGAUACAUCCUGCAUUUACUUUACAGUGAAUGAUCUCUCUGAAUUGACACCGUUAUUUAUCGAUAAGGAUAAAAUGAGCAAAGUGAAGACCCUUAAAAAGACAUCAGAUUCAGCUUGCAUCAUUUUCCCUCCAAAGGUCUUCCGAUUGUUGGAGAAACCAUUGCAUGAGUUUCAAGGGCAUAGAGGUGAAAUUUUGGAUCUCUCUUGGUCAAAGAAUAAUUAUCUGUUGUCAUCUUCGGUUGAUAAAACCGUCCGUCUGUGGCAAGUCGGACGUGACUGCUGCUUGAAAGUUUUCUCACACAGUAAUUAUGUGACAUGCAUACAAUUCAAUCCUGUGGAUGAUAAUUAUUUCAUCAGUGGAUCAAUAGAUGGAAAAGUCCGCAUAUGGGCAAUUCCUGAAUGUCACGUUGUUGAUUGGACCGAUGUCAAGGAAAUUGUCACUGCUGUUUGCUAUCGACCUGAUGGACAGGGAGGGAUUAUUGGCUCCUUGACAGGCAAUUGUCGGUUUUACAAUGUAUCAGAUAAUCACUUACAGAUGCAAUCGCAAUUAUGCUUACUUGGUAAAAAGAAAUCUCCUGGGAGAGGAAUAACCGGCUUUCAGUUUCUUCCACAAGAUUUUAACAAAGUUAUGGUUACCUGUGCUGAUUCACAAGUAAGAAUCGUUGAAGGGCUUAAUGUCAUCGGCAAAUUCAAAGGCCUUAGUGCAGGGAGCGUAAUGUCCGCAACUUUGACUUCAGACGGUAAGCACAUUUUAUCAGCCAGUGAGGACUCCAAUGUAUAUCUGUGGAAUGUUAGUGACGACGAGUCUCGCCCCGUGAAAGCUAAGAAGAUUAGGUCCUGUGAGCGGUUUUUCUCAGAUGCAUCUGUUGCGGUGCCUUGGUGUGGUUUGAAGUCUGAGAACAUCGAAAAUGCUAAAAAAUUGGAUGUCCUAAAUAAGAGGUCAAACCAAGCUAUGUGCCUCGAUCCCCCCUCAUCAUUUUCUCUAAGCCAAGAUUUUUUCUUGGAUUCUUUUCCAAAAGGUUCGGCAACUUGGCCCGAGGAGAAGCUCCCUACUUCGAGUCCCAAGUCUAUAAAAUCAGCAUUGCACAAAUCUGCAUACAAGUUCUUGAAAUCCUCUUGCAAGAGUACUUCCAACUGUCAUGCGUGGGGUCUAGUCAUCGUGACUGCCGGUUGGGAUGGGCGAAUAAAAUCAUUCCACAAUUAUGGAUUACCUGUACUCAUCUGAAACGAAGCGACCUUUCCUAGAAUGGAUAAAUAGACUCAUGAGUGAUUCACUGCUUCUUUUCGGCAAGUUAUCCUUGGCAACUUUCAGGCUGCUAAUGUUCUUCAAAACGUGAAAGCAAUGCUCAAUUUCGGCAGCAUAAAAAAAUAACCAAGCAGGUUGAAGUCGAAGGUCAAACUAAAAAAACGAUUGCAAAUUAAAUAACUGCUGAAAAAUCGAACUUUUCGAGCUUCCCUUUCAGAUUUCAGACGAUUCAGAUCACAUAUCGGUUCACGACAAGUGGCUGCACAACUGUGUUUCUAAAUGUAUUCCAUCUGAAAAAUCAAGUGGUUAAGAGUUGCGUAUCUUGGUACUCAGCCUAAUUGCCUUUUCCUCACACAAGAAUCCGACCCUUAAAAAGAGGCGCAAAGUCGGAAAGCUUCAUUUUUCACCCCACGUUUCUAAAAAACUACACAUGUUUGAAAGUAUACUUACUGACGGAGAAAAAAUUGUGUUUUUGUCCAGAAGUAUCUUCCAGAUGGCAUAAAAACUGUGUUUUUUCCGGAAAAGACCCAUAAGAUAUUCUUUUGUAAGACUUUCGUUUGGUAAAAACAAGAGAGAUUGUGAUUGUGUGGGAGAGAGGGGAAAAGAGAUUCAAGAGUCAGUGGCUGAAGUUUUACUAAGAUAAAAUGGUGGGGAGUGUUUGUGGUUUGAUUAUUGGUAUGUCUAACCAAUUUAGAAUCUCUUUGUCUGCUAAUCUUUCAAUCCAUCUCAUGGUAGGUCCCUCAAAUGCCUGAGGUUGGAACUUGAAAAUGUGAUGAAGAUGAUUGAGAGGGUCAGGUCAAUUCGACUUGAACAGGUGCAUUUUUGGCUUUCUGGUUGAUCCAAAAAAUACAAACAAGUCUAGCUGAUUAUCACAGCCAAUGGCUUACUACUUCUACAGUACAGACAAACAAUAUUAUUGCUAACAAAUGUAUAUGGCCUCAAUUUUAAGACCGACAUGCUUUUCUUUACUUUGAUUUUGCUAAGAUUUUGCUAUCCUAUGUAAAUUUUAUAUAGCAUUGUCAUUUUGUUUAUGGCAGACAUGUGAAUUUGUAAUUUGCUAGUGUAAGUAUAUGUAUUUUGUGCGCGUGUGUGUGUGUAUGUGAUUGGCUAUGCAAAAGGUUUAAAGGACAACCUUAUGAGUGGCUGUGAAAUUGUGUCCUUUAUUCUAUUGAAUGGAUCACAAAAGAUUUCUUUAAAGAAAAUAUCAUAUUCUAAAGCAUUAUAACCAA